ACCGGGGACAGAGGGAGGCAUGGAUCUCUCCGCUUUGCCAAAUAACAACCAUCCUGACAAGUUCCUGCAGCUGGACGUGAAGUUGUUAAUGAGGAACUCGGCCCUCCUUCAGGGCGGUUUGGUGAGGUUCCCGGGUGGGAAUUUCCCUGCUGCACAGAACUGGAAAAACCUCGUCUACUCGCAGAGAGAAAAGAAGAACAUUACUGCUCAGCAACUGAGGGGAUUCAGCAUGAAGGGAGCUGCCUCCACAGAGAUCCCCCCACCACCCCUCUUGUCAGUUCUAAAGAAUAACCCCCUGUAUGGGGACAUGAGUUUGGAGGAAGCUAUGGAAGACAGGAAAAAGAAUCCUUCGUGGACCAUCGAGGAGUAUGACAAGCAUUCCCUGCACACCAACCUGUCUGGGCAUCUGAAGGAAAAUCCCAAUGACCUACGGUUUUGGCUGGGAGACAUGUACACGCCUGGUUUUGAUGCUUUAUUGAAAAAGGAAGAGGAACAAGAGAAGCAUUCCAAAUACUGUCGAAUAGGUCUGAUUUUGCUCCUCGUUGCCUGCAUCUUGGUUUCCAUAGUGACUGUUAGCACUUUUUUCACCUAAAGAACAGCCACAGACACAGACACUUGAUAUUUCUUAAAAGUGCUUCCAAACAUUUGCAGAAGAACAUAUUUGUGCUGUGCGAGCGUACUGUGGAUUGUACAGUUAAA